AUGUACCAUUAUAAAGUACACCAUUCAACCCUCACUUCUAAAAGAAGCAAUAAUAUUAUUGUAUCACCGCAAGAAGAAGAUAAUUUUCAAUCUUUAUUAACAAAACAUAAUAUUACAUUUCGAUUGUAUGAUGAAAAUGUUCAAGAAACUUUAGAUCAAGAAGAGAAAAUAUUAGGGAGAUCAAAUUCAAAAAAACAAUACGAUUGGACAACCUAUCAUACUCUAGAAGAAACAUAUGACUGGAUGAAAAAUUUGAGUAAUACAUAUCCAGAAUAUAUUGAACUUUUAUCAGCAGGUUCUACAUAUGAAGGUCGAGAAAUUUUAGGAGUAAAAAUAUCAUAUAAAAGCGAAAAUAAUAAGGGUGUUUUAAUUGAAGGUGGAAUACAUGCAAGAGAAUGGAUAAGUCCAGCAACAACUACUUACAUUUUAAAUGAAUUACUUCACAGUACUGAUUCUAGAAUUCGUUAUAUUGCCGAAAAUUUUAAUUGGUAUAUCUUUCCACAUACAAAUCCUGAUGGAUACGUUUAUACGCAUACGAAAGAUCGUUUAUGGAGAAAAACACGUUCAUAUAAUGGAAAUUAUCGAUGUUUAGGAGUAGAUCCUAAUCGCAAUUUUGAUUAUCAUUGGAAUGAACAAGGAACUUCUUCGAAUCCUUGUUCAGAUGCUUAUGCUGGAAAGGAACCAUUUUCAGAAAUUGAAACUAGAACAUUUUCUAAUUUUAUAAGUAGUCUACGUGGAAAAAUUAAUAUAUAUAUUUCAUUUCAUUCAUAUUCUCAAUUAUUACUAUUUCCAUACGGUUAUACAGAUAAAAGGGCACCAAAUCAUGAUGAUUUACAAAAAAUUGGUGAUAUUGCAGCCAGUGCGUUAUCAAAAAGAUAUGGAACACAGUAUAAAGUUGGAAAUAUUUAUGAAACAAUUUAUCCUGCGUCUGGAUCAAGUAUCGAAUGGGCUUAUGAUAUUGAAAAUAUCAAAUUAUCCUACUGUUAUGAACUACGACCAAAAUCAAGUUCUUUUGGCUGGAACGGAUUUAUUUUGCCACCAAACCAGAUCAUACCUACUGGUCAGGAAAUUAUAGAUUCAUUAAUAGCACUGCUUGAUGAAGGAAAACGAUUAAAUUACUUUUAA